AUGCCCUCAUCCCCACUCAAGGUGGCUGUGGUAUGUGUGAGUAACAUGAACAGGAACAUGGAAGCCCACAGCAUCCUCAAGAAAAAAGCCUUCAGUGUCUGGUCUUUCAGAACUGGAUCUCGAGUGAGGCUCCCAGGGGAGGCACCCAAUCUUCCCGUGGCUUACUAUUUCUCAACCACAUAUAAAGAGAUGUACAAUGACCUCCUCAGAAAAGACAGACAACACUAUACCAGGAAUGGAAUGUUACACAUCCUGGGAAGAAAUGAGAGAAUCAAGCCCCGGCCAGAAAGAUUUCAAGAGUGCCGCGAGGCCUUCGACGUCAUCUUUACCUGUGGGGAGAGCAUCCAUGACAGAGUGGUGGAAGAUCUAUGUGCCAGAGAGCAGGAGACCUUCCAGCCUGUGCACAUGAUCAACGUGGACAUCCAAAACACCCCGGAGGACGCCACCCUUGGAGCUCUGCUCAUCUGUGAGCUCUGCCAGUGCCUCCAGCACACGGACGACAUGGAAGACAGUCUGGCUAAACUGCUCCUUGCAGUGGAGGAGAAAAGAGGAAAGAAAUUUCUUCACGGGGGCUGCUUCUGUUGCAGAGCUGGGCUGGUUUUGGCUCCUGGGUCUGUGAGAACUUGUGCGUGA